AAAAAUUUAAAAAAAAGAAAAGUUCAAAAUUCUUUACACAAAAUUACAAAAAAUCAUUAAUUUUGGCUUUACAACUAAAUUAAACAGAUAUAAAAAUUAAAAACAAGAAACUAAUUUCAAGGCAAUAGAAGCAAAUCUUUUUUUAAAUCAAUGGCCAAAAAGGGUGGAAAGGAUAAAGGUGCCAAAGGCAAAGACAAAAAAGGUAAAAAGGGCAAAGCUGAGGUAAAACCAAAAGAACCUGAAGUCGAGAAGAAAGAAGAGCCAAAAGAAGAAAAAAAGGAUGAACCUAAACCAGAAAUCAAGGAGAAAGUCAUCGAUGAACCCUGCUUAUUCAAUUGUGCUCAGGAUAAAGUUACCUACAGGCCCAACUCUUACCCGGGACUGUUGGGGCAACCCAAAACAAUGGCAGUUGUAGGUUCAGAAUGUGGCAGUUAUGAUAGUUUAUGUAAGCUCUUACAUUCCGCCUUUCGUUGUGCCGAUCGUGUUUAUGCCAUGGUACCAUGGGGCAACUAUGUUGCCGUGCGCGCUCACGAUGGAAAUAAAAUGACAUAUUUUCUCUUCGAUGGCUGUACGUGCAAUGUAAAUCGUUUUCGUUAUCUGGAUUUAACUUGCGGUACUGCUGGUCUCUUGUAUUUUGAGGAAAUGCAUAAGAUGAUAAAUUAUAUUAUAAUGUCUAGAUCACGGAGAGAAGAAAUCAAGAACUUAAAACGCUGUGUGGUCGAUGAUGUGUGCAAGGAAAUGUAUGGUACAAAUCAUAUUUAGAGGGAAAGUUUAAGAGGAAAUAAAAAAGUAAACAAGAAAUCUAAAAGUUCCUAAAUUUAGUAUCUGAAAUUUUUUUCAUUUUUAUUAUUUGCAACAAUUUAGAACAAUAAACCAGUCACUACAAAAUACA